GACAACGGAACAAAACCAAACGAAACUCAAAAGUCUGAAGCAGAAAAAAAAAAGUCUGAAGCGACACAACCCUAUCUCCCUCUCUGUCUCUCUCACAUCAUUUCGAUCGGCGACCACCAGGCAUCGUACCACUACCGCAGUAAGCAUCAGCCACCUUCUACUACGAUAACCAGGCACCAGCGCACCUUUUUGUUGUAGCAAGGUCAUCAAAUUCAGGGUGACUUACUAGCUCCGAAAUCCUGGAUCCGCCACUGAUGAUUAUCUAAAGUUUACGAUGUCAGAGACCAUGGAUGAGAUCAAAUUUAUUGGAAAUAAUCAUCCUGACGAUGUCAAAUGGCUGUGUUCACUAUCCGAGUCAGAACUUGACAUGCUUAUCAGCCUAAAAAAGCUUGCCCUUCAACGAGCUCAAGCCGUAGGGCAUGAAAGUCUAGCCCAGAAAUUUGAUCUGAAAAUGCUCCGAGCACUUGGAUUUAUAUUGAUGCAACACAUCAAAGGAGAAGUAAAUGAAUUGCAAUUGACAGGAUUAACUGGGUUGGCAGAUUUGGUUAAUGGAUGUAAUCUAUUGAAAUUGGAUUUGGAGAAUAGAGUAGAGACGGGAGAGCAAGCAAACACAGGAGAACAAUCAGACACUGGAAGUCAAGCAAAUGCAAAGACUGGAGGUCAAGCAAAGGCAAGAUCAGGUAAGGUGGGACCUAAGUUAAAAAGAAGAAAGAAAUCUGAUAUGAGAAGUCUGUAGACCAAGACUAACACAGAGUUAGAAGAGGUUUUGGUGGACACAAAAGCUGCACGCCUGCAACCUAUCUAUUGUGGGUCUGCGGUAGCCGGUAGGAGGUUGUAUCAGAUCAAGGGCUUUGUAGGUUAAGUUGCAACUCAUGCACUGUACAAUCUGUUGUACCUAGUAAAGUCCAAUUGGUUUUAAAAUUUGCUCAUUUGACUUAAAUGAGCAAAAUUUGUACGUACUAUGAGUUGGUGAUAUAAAAAUAUAGCUUUGCUCA